GCAGCGUGCAAAUAGACGCACACACAUACACACACAUGCACAUAUUCCUGCAUCCUGUAUUUAUUUAUUUUUUUAAUGCACCGGGCGCUUUAUAAGCGGUCGUGGAUUAUGAUGCCAGUUUUUAUAUCAGAGGAAUAUUGGCCUCUUCUUCAUCUCCAUUUGUGAAGAGCAGCAAAUCGCGUGUUUUUAUUAUUAUUUUUUAAUUUAUUUAUUUUGAAACAGAUUUAUUUGUAAUGAAUUAAUUUGGUAUCUUCUGUUACUUCUGAGCACCGAGAGACCGCCGAGACGCAAAGCCUACAUUCAAUGCUGUUGGAACAUGUCCUAUGUUCCCUUUCAAGAUGCAAGGUGUGCCAUCCCCCCCUCCUAUCAUCAUCACCAUCAUCGCACCCACGCCCACUCCUUCCACGCUCCUUCCUACGACCGUCCCUCUCACGACCGUCCCUCCUUCGACCGUCCCUCCUACGAUCGUCCCGCCUACGACCGUCCCUCCUACGACCGUCCUUCCUACAACCGCUCCUUGCACGAGCGUCCCAUCUACGACCGUCCCCUGCCCGACCGUCCACCCCAAGACCGCUGGAACCCCCGCCUUCGCGUGAGCUCUGGAAAUCAGUUCUACAUGUUGGACCAGGAAGAGGUACACCCUUUGCUGAUGCGCGAGAGGCGCUCAGAGACUCACAGGAACAAGCUGCUGCGUCGGACAGUCAGCGUUCCUGUUGAGGGAAGGCACCAUCCGGAGAUGGAUCAUCGUGCUCGGCGGAAGAGUAUAGCCACUGGGAAGCAGCCCAGCAUGGAGGUCCCUCCCACUGCCCCCCUUCAACCCUUCCGACAAUCCAGUUUCCUUAGUAGAAGGUUGAAGGGCUCAAUCAAGAGGGCCAAGAGUCAGCCCAAACUGGAUCGAACUAGCAGUUUCCGUCACAUGAUCCUCCCUCGCUUCCGCAGUGCGGACCAAGACAGGACCCGUUUGAUGCAGAGCUUCAAAGAGUCCCACUCCCAUGAGUCCUUGCUGUCUCCCAGCAGCGCUGCCGAGGCGCUGGACCUCACCCUGGACGAGGACGCCAUUAUCAAACCUGUCCAUUCAAGCAUCCUGGGACAGGAGUACUGCUUUGAGGUGACUACAGCAUCGGGAACCAAGUGCUUUGCGUGUCGCUCAGCUGCAGAGAGAGACAAAUGGAUCGAGAACCUGCAGAGAGCUGUCAAGCCCAACAAGGACAACAGCCGGAGGGUGGAUAAUGUGCUCAAACUGUGGAUCAUAGAGGCCCGGGAACUUCCAGCUAAGAAACGCUACUACUGCGAGCUUUGUCUGGACGACAUGCUGUACGCCCGCACCACCAGCAAGCCCCGCACAGACACCGUUUUCUGGGGCGAGCACUUCGAAUUUAAUAACCUGCCAGCCGUCCGAAAUCUACGCCUUCAUCUAUACAAGGAGACAGACAAGAAGAGACGCAAGGAAAAGAGUACAUAUUUAGGACUUGUAAGCAUCCCCAUCUCAAGCAUCACUGGUCGUCAGUUUGUGGAGCAGUGGUACCCCGUCAUCCAGCCCAGCGUGCUUACAAAGGGAGCUGGUGUUGGAGGAGGGAAGAUCAUCAAUGCAUCGCUACGCCUCAAAUCCCGCUUCCAAACCAUGAACAUCCUGCCCAUGGAGCUAUACAAGGAGUUUGCAGAGUAUGUCACCAACAAUUACCGCACCUUGUGUGCUGUGUUGGAGCCCGUGCUAAGUGUCAAAAGCAAAGAGGAAGUGGCCUGUGCUUUGGUGCAUAUACUGCAGAGCACAGGGAAGGCUAAGGACUUCCUGUCAGACAUGGCGAUGUGUGAGGUAGACCGAUUCAUCGACCGAGAACACCUUAUAUUCAGAGAGAACACUCUGGCCACCAAAGCCAUAGAAGAGUACCUCAAACUGAUUGGACAUAAGUACCUCAAGGAUGCUAUAGGAGAGUUCAUAAGGGCCUUGUAUGAGUCAGAGGAAAAUUGUGAAGUGGACCCUAUGAGAAUACCCCCCUCUGUGCUGCCAGACCACCAAGCCAAUCUGCGAAUGUGCUGUGAAUUGGCACUCUGCAAAAUUGUUAAUUCUCAUUGCGUGUUCCCUCGGGAGCUGAAGGAAGUUUUUGCUUCGUGGAGAGUGCGCUGUGCUGAAAGGGGUCGGGAAGAUAUCGCAGACCGUCUCAUCAGUGGUUCUCUUUUCCUGCGCUUCCUUUGUCCUGCCAUCAUGUCCCCAUCGCUUUUCAACCUCACCCAGGAGUAUCCCGACGAGCAGACGUCACGCACGCUCACCCUCAUCGCUAAAGUAGUGCAAAACCUGGCGAACUUCUCCAAGUUUGGCAGUAAAGAGGAGUACAUGUGUUUCAUGAAUGAGUUUUUAGAGAUGGAGUGGGGUUCCAUGCAACAGUUCUUGUACGAGAUCUCCAACCUGGACAGUGUCAGCAAUGCAGGUGGCUUUGAGGGAUACAUCGACCUGGGCAGGGAGCUGUCUAUACUGCACAGUCUCCUGUGGGAGGUCAUGGCUCAGCUCAGCAAGGAUGCCGUCAUCAAACUGGGUCCUUUGCCCCGCCUCCUGAAUGACAUCAGCAUGGCCUUGCGUAACCCACACCUCCAGAGACAGCCGAGCCAUCAGACGGACAGAAUGCAGGACAGACAGUCGGACAGGCUGCUUUCACGGCCAAGCUUCAACCGCGGCAUCUCGUCAGAGUUUCAGAAUCUCAUGAUGAGGGAUCUUAACAGCUCUGUAGAUAUCACUCGUUUGCCUUCCCCCACCUCCACCGGAGGGGUCAUGCCAUCCCGCUCUCAGAUGAGUUUUCAGGACCGCGACCAUCCUCAUCGAGCCUCCAAAGAGAUGUUCUACGUAUCACGUCCUCCCCUGGCCCGCUCCAGUCCAGCAUACUGCACGAGCAGUUCGGACAUCACAGAACCAGACCCUAAGGAUUCCAGAAUGAACAGCGUGUCUAACCUGCAGUCGGUGGACAUGCUCAACUCCUCCCAGGCCUCCAUCGCCGGUAUGGGCAGCUUCGGAGGGCUGAGCAGCGGAGGCGGUGGCGGCCUGGGGUCGGGCCUGAGCAGCCAGCUGCGGGCCGGUGGGAGGUUGUCAGCUGGCUCUGGCGGCUCCAGCAUGUCCGGCGGCCUCCGGCUGAGCCAGCUGAGCCAGAUGGGCACCACCACCGACUCGCUAUCCCAGCAGCAGCAACAGCAGGCCGCCGCCAUGCGCUACCCGCUUUCCUUCCAGAAUCCCCUCUUUCAUCUGGCGACGGCUGAUGGGCCUCAACAGCAACAGCUCCAUCACCAGCACAGCCGGGCUCAACCCCCAGCACCCCUCCUCCUGGCCCCAGAGCCUGAGCCUUCUCAUCAGACCUACAUCCCACAGUUUGCCCAUGGGGGAUUCUCUCGCAGUGAAGAUCUGUCCACGCUCAGGACCAGGGACGGUCACCUGGGCCAACCCAACAUCAUCCACUCACACAGCUACAGUGACGACUACAGCAGGGCGGACUAUGGACGCAGGCAGAUGUCCAUGCAUAUGCAGGAUCUCCAGCAGCAACAGCAAAUGAUGGGCAUGACAUCCCAGACAGGAACAUCUCACUCUUCCUUGGCCACCACGCCUCCUUCCACAGUCCAACCCAUGCGCCAGAGUUCUGUUGCUCCACCUCCCACCCAGCGCGUCAAGUCCCAGACCUCCCAUCAGCUGUCCGUCAGCGCGGCCGCUGCGCCCACCGCUUCCGGUAAAACCAGGCCGCAGAGCGGGAACCUCCUUCAGUCACCGGAGUCCGGAUACAGCGGCAGGCAGCAAGGGCCCCGGCAGCUGUCGGUCAAAGACAACACCGCCCCAGGUCUUCCCCACCAGCAGAGUUCUGUCAGGGAAAGUGGGAGUCCACAAGGAACCAGUCAGAGCACUCAGCAGUCACCACAGCAGCAGUCUCAACAGCACCUUCUUAAACCCACCAUGAGCAAACAGGGUUCCCAGUCUCCAUCUACUCUCAACCCACCAACCCCAGCAAAUGAGCGAACGGUGGCGUGGGUCUCCAACAUGCCUCAUCUGUCGGCUGACAUUGAAAGCUCGAGGAUUGACCGCGAAGAUUUCAAACUGAAGGAGUACUCAAAGAGCAUGGAUGAGUCACGCAUGGACAGGGUACGGGAGUACGAGGAGGAGAUCAACUCCCUGAAGGACCGCCUGGUGAUGUCCCACAAAAAGUUGGAGGAGUACGAGCGAAGGCUCCUAAUGCAGGAGCAGCAGACCAAUAAGAUCCUCCUUCAGUACCAGAAUCGACUCGAGGACAGUGAGAGGAGGCUACGGCAACAGCAAGUGGAAAAAGACUCCCAAAUUAAAGGAAUAAUUAGCAGGAAAGAAGACUUGGAAUGAAGACAGAGAGUCCUGCUCAUCUUUUUAAGGGAAAGCAUCUUUAAACACCCUUACCUUGUAUAUAAAACAUCAUUAAAACAUCCUCCCUCAUCCUGUGCUGUUGCACCCACCAGCAGCCAUUUUUUAAACAGAGUUCUGCUGUUUAACUGGAUUCUAGGAUCAUGUACGAGAUCCUCUUAGUUUUUAAUCAAAUCUCCCACCAGAUUGCAAAGUAAAGCACAACAGGAUUAAGAAUUUGCUAACUUUUAAAGAGGAAAAAAACAUGCCUGCACUUUUUAAAGAAUUGCUUUGGACUUUCAUGCACAGGACUAUGGAAGACCACGGUUUGAUAUUAGCUCUUCCAAUUUAAAAUCAAGGCGAAUCCUCUUCACUGAAGGACUGCUGAUGUUUCUUUCUGCAGAAGGAACGUGGGGACUCAUACCUCUCCUUAUGCCCCUUUAUAUGCAUAUGAACGCUGUAAUAUGAGGAGAGAAGAAUAUCACAUAUGAUGAAUGAUGAAGAUUGAAGCAGAAAGGCAUAGAAACACUAUGCCAUAAGAUACACAAACUCUGUCAGAGAACUUAAAGCUUCACCCUCGGUUAUCAUUCCCCGUCUUGGGUAAAAACUUAAAGUGAAAAGACAAAUAUGCACGCAUAAAGCACACCGUGCAGGAAACUCAUAUUGUCAAGGCUUACACUUGUGACCUACCUUGAUCAUCUGACUACACACGGAUGAAUUAAGUAGCAGCUCUGGAUGCUUCCAAGUCAGUUUUGCAUACAGCUGACUGAGCCAGACCAUGCAUUGCAAAACUUGUGCAUCAUCUGGUCAUGUUAUGAAUUUCAAUGCACAAAAUGAGCAAUGCAAAGAGUGCAGAGAGAAGGGAUGCCAAGAAGCACCUCAGGCCAUCCUGUUGGAUUGCCUGAACUCCAGGAUCUUAGUGAAAUAACAAGUGCAACCAUAGCCUUAUAUUUAAGUUUUAUCCUCAACUGACUUUUCUGUUUAACUCUCACACUCACAUAUAUUAUGUUAGUGAAAAUGCGAGCUCAGGUUCUGCAGCAGGAGUUGCACAAUGACAACUGCAGAUCACGUCUCCUGUGUAGGCUUUAAAAAAAAAACAUCAUUUUUCUGCAGAACUAACACACUUGCUGUUGUGUCGAGAUUUCCUUUCAGAGAAGCCUUAAUGUUCUGUGCGGAAACUUUACUUUAAGCUCAGAGCAACUCCAAUAUCUGUCAUUAGCAGGUACAUCUUUCUGUUCUCAACAAUCUGAUUUAAACCAAAGCCACAUAUUGAGUUUUAGGUCAUGCUACUUUAAGUCCACUGAAUCCACUUUACCUGUAGCACAUGUAUCUAUAUAUUUUUUUGUCUUUAGGCUAGAUCCCAUUAGUUGGCUACAGGCUCUCCAUUUUCUUUAGUCCCAAUAUAUGAAUUAUAAAUAUGAAUGAAACUAUUUAUCUUCCCCAAGCUGUUUGCUGUGAACUGAAAAGAGAUUUAUGUUAAAGAACUGCAGCAACUAUAGUCUUUGUUGCACCUGUCAUAGUAAUAAUCUAUUUUUAACUAUUAUCCAUAGCACAAUAAAUUCACUGAUGCAAGAGCCAUAACAAUAAUAUUAUAUGAGAUGUAUAUGAAUUCUAUUGAGAGUGAGAUUGUAACUAUUUUAACCUUGCAAUAGCUAAGUUUUUAGCAAGAGAAUCGCAAUAACAGAUAAAAUAUGUCUACAUGCAGGAUCCUGAUGUAUUAUAUGCAUCAUGUGUACAUAAAGAAAAGAAAGUGACUUCCUGCCAAACUCUACCAGCUGCCAUCUGCAGUAUCGAAAGAAACAAACUAAAAAAGACCUGGAAUACUGUAAAGUGCAGCAAACAACACAGGCAAGAUGACAAUGAUGACGCGACUCUUUGACAAAAUCUGCAAAGUAUGUAUUUAAGUUCUUUACCUUGUUUUUUGGCUUUUCCUUAUCUGUAUGGUGUUUGUGAAUUUUAUCGUUUUAAAUGAAAGCCUGCAUUGGAUAUUAUUUAUUAAUUAAAGCAAAGUUGAUUUUCUUUUUCUUGUAUGAUUUUGCUGUAUAUGCUUGGUAUGACUUUUGACAUGCAGUCCGUCAUUGGUGGUGUCCAGUGACGUGGUGAUCAGAAUAGGUGUUUUACGAAAGUUAGAGAGUACUGUCAUUUGACAUAUGCAGUUACAGUAUGAUUUCAUUAUUAUUAUAAUUAUUAUUAUCAUCAUCAUUUAAAGGGAAACCAUAUUUUUUUCUUUCUCUCUCUUCAGAGAUAUGGAGAACAUUCUGGUGUCAGUAUAUCUGCCUCUCUUUUGUAGCAAGAAUAUAUUGACGGGGUGUAUAGAUUGUACUACGGCAAGUCUUCUGUUCAAACCAUGCAAAUGAAUUCAUAGUGGUGAUGAGUUUUGGCUUGAUGUGUGUGCGAUUGACAUGGCUUAUAGCAAUGGCCAAGGUUCCAUUUUCAUUACUGCGCAGACCUGUGUCAAGUAGCUUCAAAUAGUUCUUGCUUCAACCAGAUGAGGUGAUGCGCCAGCACCAAUCUGACGAUGAGAGGUGAGUUUCUACUCAAAAAAUUACAUGUUAAGAUGAAUAUGUUGGCUGAUAAAACAAAAAAGCAAAAAAAAAAAAAAAAAAAAAACAACAAACAAAAGGAAAAGAAAGUAUUUGCAGCUGCUUUUUGAUCCAGGUCUGUAUUUUUGUUAACUUUACAUUAACUUUACAUCCUUUUGUCUCUUGCCUUUUUUCCUCUGUAGCAAAAUAUUCAGACAUUGUGACCUCAUGUUGGUAGAUAUAUUGUUUUGAUUCAAUGUACGACUUGACCUCAAAAGCACACUACUUGAAGUACAACUGGAUCUUCUUUUUCUUUUUCUUUUCCCCCUCCUUUUUGUAACAUAUCACCCACACAAAUCAUUGUCUGCCUUUUGAAGUCAUGUCGAAUCUUAAUGCUGUAUACCCACAUGUUACAUUCAUUGUUUUCUGGGACAGUGCAAAUAUUUCUGUCUGUGCUUAUGAUUGACUCUUUUCCUUUCCUAUUCUCUUCUUUUGUAAAAUAACUCUCAACACUGUACAUUAUUUAUGGAAUAAAACAUCCAAACACUUAUGUUUGAAACUUUA